GCAUUCAGCCCGCGAGAUGGGGAAGAUGGCUGCAGCUGUGAGUCCUGUGGCCAUAUUGGCUACAGAACCCGGGGAAGACGCCUUUCGGAAACUUUUCCGUUUCUACCGGCAAAGCCGGCCUGGGACAGCAGACCUAGGAGGGGUCAUCGACUUCUCGGCGGCCCACGGAGGCCGCAGCACGGGUCCUGGGGCCCAAAAGGUGGUCAGAUCUCAGUUAAGUGUGUCCUCUGUCAGUGAGCAGGAUGCACAUCGAGCAGGGCUUAAGCCAGUCAGCAAGUGGCAAGCCUAUGGACUCAAAGGCUAUCCGGGAUUUAUUUUUAUCCCCAACCCCUUCCUCCCAGGAUAUCAGUGGCACUGGGUGAAGCAGUGCCUUAAGCUAUACUCCCAGAAACCCAAUGUAUGUAACCUAGACAAGCACAUGACUAAAGAAGAGCCCCGAGACCUGUGGGAACAAAGCAAAGAGUUCCUAAGGUAUAAAGAAGUGAAUAAACGGAGACCUCGAAGUUUAUUAGAGAAACUGCGUUGGGUGACCCUAGGCUACCAUUAUAACUGGGACAGUAAGAAGUACUCAGCAGAUCAUUAUACACCUUUCCCUUCUGACCUGGCUUUCCUCUCAGAGCAAGUAGCUGCUGCCUGUGGGUUUCAGGGCUUCCGAGCCGAAGCAGGCAUCCUGAAUUACUACCGCUUAGACUCCACACUGGGCAUCCAUGUAGACAGAUCUGAACUGGAUCAUUCCAGGCCCCUGUUGUCAUUCAGCUUCGGACAGUCUGCCAUCUUUCUCUUGGGUGGCCUCAAAAGAGAUGAGGCCCCCACAGCCAUGUUUAUGCACAGUGGUGACAUUAUGGUAAUGUCAGGUUCCAGCCGCCUGUUGAACCAUGCUGUUCCUCGAGUCCUUCCAAAUCCUGAGGGAGAAGGCCUGCCUCACUGCCUGGAGACGCCACUCCCAGCUGUCCUCCCCCAUGGUGCAGUGGUAGAGCCCUGUUCUUCAGAGGAUUGGCAGGUGUGUGCCAGCUACUUGAGGACUGCUCGCGUUAACAUGACAGUCAGACAGGUACUGGCCACAGGUCAGGACUUCCCUUUGGAACCGGUGGAGGAGCAAAAAAGAGAUGUUACCCCAGAUUUCUGCCAUCUGGAUGACCAGAACAGCCACGUAAAACGGGCCAGGUUAAACCUUGACAGCUGAGACUUGGAGGUCCCCUUCUGCUGCUCGGGCGGGUGUCUUCUAGUGCCAUGGACUCUCCUACCAACAUGAUGAACCCAGAUCAAACAUGUAAGAGCUCAUCGUGGUCACACUGUUGCCUUGGAACCCAUUCCAGAGACUAAACUGAUCACACCUUGCUCAGAGAAGCAUUUGACAUGGUCCAGUCCUAUUUAGGUAACUUGGAGUAGUGUGUGAUCAUAUCAAGGAAGGACACAGCCCUCUCGGCCUCUGCCGUUGCAGCCGAGGAAGGUAAAUAUGCGUUUACAUGUCUGUGGGGUCUACAUACCUCAGGUUUUAUUAACGGCAAUAUGUUACCCACUCCAGCCAUCCACUGCAGCUGGCAAUUUGUGGUAAAAUUGUGAUUCCAUGAAGCAGCCAUUAGAAUUACUUUGCUGUCAUCAAAUCCUUUGAUCUUUUCUUGCAUCUUCUCUGGCUGUGCAGAUAAAUUUUAUGCACAUGAAGACAAUAGAACUGGAAAUCUUGUUGCCUUGAAAAAAAGUAAUCACAGACAUUAUUUUUGCCCUAAAGAAAAAUACAUGAAAAUUGAAGAAAGUAAACAACAGUACUUACACUUAUUUAAGUCUCCAGACUCUCCCAUUUGGUUUUUCAAUGCAGUUUUCACUUUUGAACUAAAAAUGUCCCAAGGGUGUUCUGUUACUGUUUUCUCCAUGAAUAAACUUACUUGGUUUUAAAUUAAAGAUCUGUAUCUGUCUUCCAGGGUUAGUGUAUCUGGGAUUAGAUUUUUCCCUCUUUGUAUUUGCUGUAUCGUUCAUGCUAUUGAAGCCCUCUAGCUGUUUCUGCCCAGCACCACCCUGCUCUGCCCUGAAUACUCUUCAUGGCUAUCUCACAGGAGAGAACAUGCCUUGAUAGUCCAGUCACUACUGUCUUGUCUGAUGACAGCCUGGAAAAUGUAUGAAGAGCUUUUACUCUUUGGACCUCCACCACCGUGAGCCACUAUACCCCACGCCAGCCUACUUUACAUUUCUCUGGACUAUAGUUUGCACAGUCAUUAAAAAAAAGGUGUGCCACCAUUUUUCUAGAUGAAUUUUGAUAUUUAAAAGGGAAUUUGAUGUUCCUUUUUAGAACCAUGAUGUGCCAAUUGUUUUAUUAGUUUAAGGGCUCUAGAGGUGUCCUACCUAACUUAUCUGUAUGGAACAUUGGCUGGAAGCCAGGUCUGGCUGAAUCUGCAUGUCUCCUCUGUCCACCUCUCUUUUUUUUUUUAAUUGCCAGCAUUGUACUGACUUCUUAUGGUGUAGGUUUUUGUUUGUUUUGAGACAGGACCGCCUCACUGUGUAUUGAAGGCUGAUCCUGAGCUCACUAUAUAACCUAGGCUGUCCUUGAACUCAGAGCAAUCCUCUUGCUUCAGCCUCCUGAAUGCUGGGAUCAGGUGUUCCACCACACCUGGAAAUUUUUUUCUUAAAUAAUUACAGAUCACUUACAUGUAACCUUGAUAAGAAAACUGUGUAUAAUUUACCACUAGGAAAAUUCCUUAAAUUUUUAAGCCACAUUGUAUCAUUUAGUAAAACCAACAUUGUUAUCAUUUAGUAAAUCCAGCACUGACAGUGUAUCCUUAGAAGAACAAAGUACUUUUUCUUCAGUUGGAUAUCAGCAUUGGCUUGUGUUUAGGAUCCAGGACUGACAAAAUAUCCAAACAGUAGCCCCCCUCUCCAGGAAGUGGAGUGUUUAAUGCUAUGAAAAAGCAGGUGGAAACAGACUAGCCAAGAGAGCAGAUUCCUGUCUCCGUGGAGGGAAUAUGCUCACUGAAUGGGAUGGUGAGCAAGACUGUUUGCACAGCUUGCAUUCUCCCUCUCCCUCUCUUCCUCUGCCUUUUCUUCCCUGCCUCUCUUUCCCCGUCUUUUCUCUCUGACUCUAGAUGUAUAUAGGGUGAAGAGUAGAGAUACAAACCUUAGGCCUGAGGAAAUUGAUGUCUUCUUUUCCCAGGUUAAGUCUUCUUAGAAGUGGUCUGAGCUGGGUGUGGUGGCGCACGCCU